UCACUCAAAAAAAAAAUGAUACUUCCAGAAGAUUGUAUUAGAGAAAUCUUGGAACAACUUUCGGAAGAUAAAAGAACAUUAUAUUCGUGUUUAAUUACAAACAGAACAUAUUGUCAAUUUGUUGUACCAAUAUUAUGGAGAAAUCCAUGGCCAACAUUUAAUUCAUUAACAAAUGAAUUAGAAAGAAUUUAUUGGAAAAUUCUUGGUAAAACAAUAAUUAAAUGUUUAACAUUAGAAACAAAACAAAAACUUUCAAAACAAUUUCAA